CAGCUGUCAGCUGUGCUCAAAACGACAAGAGAAAAUUUAUUAGUUUAAGGCGUCUUUUUUGUAUAUGUAUAUUUUCUGAUGGCGCCGCCCAUUAAAAUUGUUGUGGACCCAGCUAGUAGCAAGGGCCGCAGCAGUGGAAGCAAUAACAACCACACGAGCAGUGGUACGGGCGCAGUGCCCAAACAGCAGCAACAAAACUCAAAUGCAGGGGGAGCCGCCUCUGCCGCAGGAUCUGCACCUGCCAGCAGAUCGGCACGUUCCAGACGCCAUCAAGAGCAUCUAGGGGAGCCAGACAUGGACUUUGUGGAACCUCUGCAAAGGGAAACACUAAAAACAUUAAAUGAUCUGCUGCAACGGACCCGCAUAACAAACGGCCAGAUCCGCAGCCAGGAGGAACAACAGUCGGCCAUAUCAACAACCACAUCGCCAGGAGUUCAGCAACACCAGAGGGAACGGGAGCGGGAGGCACUGCGUCACUUGGCUGCUGAGCACAACAGCUACGACCCAACAGAGCAAUUGCAGGAGCAGCAGCAGCGCUAUUGCUUUCCCGUCCGACCUGUGCAACGUGUCCAGCAUCAGCCGUCAUCUGCUGCCCCGCCUUCCGCGUCAUCGGCCUUGCUGCGUUUGCGUCAAUCGACGCCCCCGAAUGCGACAGUAGGCGUGGUCAUACCAAACGCGACCACAACGAACGGCAACGAGGAGCACUUGAUACAGUUCGCCGGCGGACUGCAGACACUGGUCCAACGACUGCUUGGCGUCGCCUUGAGCCCCAGAGGCGAAGGAGCUCGCCCACAGCUUGAAGUGUUUCGCUCCCUGAUAGAAUUCGAUGAGAACUUGAAUAGCAGCAGACUGCAAUCGAACGGAAUCUCAGCCGAGCAACUGAAGAACAUGGUGCACGAGAUCAAUCCCAGCGCCGAACAGGAGGAGGGCAUUGUCAAUUCGACCAGCCUCGAGGAUGUGGCAUUGAGUGAGAUGAGCGACAAUCGCGCCCAGUCGAUACAAUCGUUGCAUAGCGUCCUGGAGACGCCCACACCCGAUGCGACGCCCAGCUUCGAUGAGCUGCAGCAGCGCCUGGAUGCCUCCAAUCGCAAUAUGCAGCACCUGCAGGAUGAGCAGGCCAAGCUGCUGCACAUUCAGAACAUGGCCAAGUCGCAUCUCAGCGAGAUGGAGCAGCUGCGCCAGCACGCCAGCCACAUGCCCCACUCGAGCAACGGGGGCGAGGGGCCCAGCUAUGAGUCAGUGCAACAGGUGCAGGACGACAUGGCCUCGCUAGUGGGUCGCAUGAAGAACCUUACCGCAUUUAUACACAAUCAAAACGAGCUGAGCAGCGUCCUGGGUGACGACGGUCCGGAGAUCCUUGCCGAGCAGCAGGCCCUGCAGGACAAGCUCGAAUCGUUGCGAAGUCAGCGCGAGGACAUGCGUAAUCUCGUCGACCAACUGAAUAGCAUCAAUCAAACGGCAAAGGAGACCAACCGCGCAGUGAGAGAAGCCAAAGAAGACACUCAACCGCCGGCAAAUCCGGCUCCAGCACCGGUUCCGGCUCCUGCUCCAGUGUCCUCAACAGAUCGCGUGGUGCCCGUAGAGUAUCAACGGAAUGUGCCCAUUUUACGGCAGGAAGCGGCCAAUGCCGCUCAGCGUGCGCUCCACGCCCAGACGAUGAUCACCCAAAAGACGGCAGACAUUGAUGCCCUCAAAGCCCAAAUGGCAAGGCUCAAGGGCAUGCUGAACACGGUCAGCCAGAUUGAGGACUCUACCCCGAGCGUCGGUGCUAUAUUAGAGCGUGAGAGUGUGAGCAUCGAACGACAGCUGCUCCCAGACGAUAUUAGCCAUCGCGUGCACACCCUCAACGAUGUCACGUCAGAGCUGAGGGCCGAAGCAGCCAGUCUGCAAAAGGAACGCGACCGCAUCUUGGCGUUGAAGGCGGAGAUCGAGCGACGCAAGCAGCAGGCAGCCGCCGCUGUGCAGAUGGGUGAAGAGGCGCUCAAACGAAGCAGCCUGACACCGACACCCACGCCCAUGAGGCAGCGUGAAGAAGCUCAAGAGGAGGAGCCAUCCGAGGUGGAGACCUCCCUGCAGGCUACUCCGCCGCGCGAGCAACUGCGCGACGAGUUGCGGCUGCAGUGCGAGCGUCUGCGCAAGGAGUACGAGCAGAAGCAGCGCGAGCUUGAGCAGCGGUACAUGAACAGCAACAACACCACCUCGGAGGCAGAUGACGAGGGCAACGACGACACCGACAGCGACAAGUACUUUGCCAAUGUGCGCACAGCCUCGUCGGCCACCCUGAAGCGUGCUCCCUCGGCCAGCACUGUGGUGGAGCAGCGACGGUCGCAGCCAACAAAAAACCCACCGCCUCCUCCCAUGCACAACGAGGAGGAUUUGAAUGUGACCAUCGACACGCUGUCGCUGGGCAACGACAGCCUGCUCUCGAGCAGCGCCAGAUCGCAGUACAUGCCACCGCCCAUGGCGCCAGUUCAGGGUAUGUGGGCCACGCACAAUGCCAGCAGCAAUGCCUGGCACGGUCAGCAACCAAUCUAUGCCCCAGUGCAUCCCAGCAACGUGGAGUGCAAGCCAACAGUUCCGACUGCGCCACAGGCCACAUCCUCGAACGCCUCCGGCUCGAAUGCUUCGGCCGAUGCCGUGAUGCUUCAGCAGUUCAUGCAGGCCCAGCAGAUGCUCAUCAACUCGGUCUGCCAGUGCAAUCAGACCCUGUGGCACCAGCAGCGAGAGAUCGAUAAUCUUACCAAUCAGCUGCAUGCCCUCCAGGAUCGCUUCAAUGUUGUGGGAUGUCAGGACCAUAGCUACGGCUUGCGCUCAGAGUCAGUGCCGCCACCGAGCCUCUCGGUGGGGACUCCCAUUCUGGGCCAGAUACCCAACAACCUCUGUCUGGGCGGCAGCAACCACCGGGCUCAGUCGGAGCAGAUGUUCAAUUUCGGUGCCCAUCAGAGCGGCCAUCAAAGCGCCUUCAGCAACUAUCAGCGCAGCUGUCACCGCAACGCGGGCACAACGGCAAGUGUUUACAGCACCAGUAGCGAUGCCCACCAGCAGCAACAGCAGCAGCCGUUCCUCAAUAAUGCAGCCCCGCCACAGCAGGCGCCACCGACACACUUCAACAACGAGACGCCGCUGUCGCCACCCUCAUAUCGCGCCAGUCCGGGACCCAUUUUCAUGAAUCACCACAACAACACCAUCCACCAGAACAACGCAAAUCUGCGCACCCAGAAUCAGUACGCCAACAAUUUGCACUCGCUGCCAGUGGCCGGAGGAGCAGCUGUGGCACCGCCGCCACUGCAGCCGACGCUGAACAACCAGGUGCCGCCCGGCAAUCGGGCCAACAACUACUGGGACAACUUCAGAAGCUACUCGCGCCAGAAUCUGCUCUCCAACAAGAGUAAUGAGGAGCUAAAUGUGGACCAUCAGCAGUAUCGCCGUCAAAGGUCGCGUCUCACAUAUUUCCCGUCGCAUGCUGCUGUGCCAUGUUCGCGCAGCUCCGCCUCAGCCAGCGCAGUCCUGUCUUUCCAACAACAACAACAACAACAGCCGCAGCAACAGCAGCAGCAACGACAGCACCAUUUCUUAGAGUCGUCUCCACUAACCGCUUUGCAUGGCAGCGGCAGCAGCAACAGCAAUAACCUAAACAAUACCACUAGUGGGGGCAGAAAGCGGGACUGGCGUGACGAUCCACAGCUCGUGGACGAGGACUUGGACGAGGUGGAGGAGAACAAUGACAAUGCCAUCUAUGGCGGUGGCCGGCGACGUAAUCGCCGCCGUCCUGCGGCCUCCCCUCUGCUCGAUGACGAUGCCGAUCAGUCGAGCUCCUCCAAUUUGGUCAACAUGAACGUCAACUUCGGCAACAGUCCGUUGUAUCAGCGAAACAAGGUGCCAGCCAAACCCACCACCUCGGCCGUCUCACUGACUCCACUGCAGCAACGUCAUCUGCGCUUUGACUUCGAGCUUCCAGCACAGUACAUCGACUAUGAUCUGCCCCAGGCGACUGCUUCUGCAACAGCGGCACCUCGUAUCGAUUCUUCCAGCUUCAAUCAUGAGAGGGGAGUGCCAGUGGAUGAGUCGAAUGCUUUGGAGCAGAGCGAGGAGACUGCCUCCGAGGAGCUGAAUCGGAAUCUGCUUGUUAAUGCAUUAAAAAGCGACAAGUUCACGACCAAGUUCUACGAAUCCAUUAAGGAAGAUGUCUACAGGCGGCUGGAAACACUAUUCGAGCAACAGCAACAGCAGCAGCAGCAACAACAGCAACAGCUGCAACAGAGCCAGGAGACGCAUAGCCUGCGGAAGGCCCUCAACCAGGGUACUUCUCCCCCAGACCGUGCGCAGGCACAGGAGCAGGAGAUCGAGAACGAGAACGAAGGGGAGAACGAAGCUUCUAAUGCGGAGGGCACUGAGAGCCGCAGCGAAACGCCUUUGGAGGCAAUGAGCCUGCAGUUGGACAAUGACAGGCCCGAGGACGAGAAGGGAUCCCCUGCGAAGCCAGCCCAAAACGGGCACGCCCAAGCCCUCGAGCUGAGCGAUGGGGCUUACGGUGCUUCCGCUUCUGCUGUAAGGACAGAGAACGAAGAGAAAAUAAUUGAGCCGGCCCUUGAGAGUGCCGCCUCGGGGGCGGUGGCGGUGGCUGGGGCAGUGGCCAGCGUAGAGAUGGCUCCGGAUCAUGCGCUGAUCGAGUACAUUAUCAAGCGCAUUCGAAACCAGACGCACAACAACACAAUCAUUAACGACUCAAUGCUGGUGGAGGUCUCCAAGCUGACGGCGACGGCCGCACGAAACUCUGCCACCAGUUGGGCCCAAAACGCUUCCUCGCCCCUCAUUUCGCCCAAGCGGAUCUAUGCCAAGAUUAAGAAAAUGGACAUACCCCGACAGCGGGAUGAGUUCCUGCUCUGGUAUCGCUCUUAUUUGGAGCAACUCUUUGUUGUGGAUCAUCCGAAAGGAGACAGCCAUGCCAAGUCCAAAGUGUCGUCCACCAGCAGCCCCAAAAACCAGACAAACAAGCGAGUGCGCGAGCAGUCGCACUCCCAAUCACAGGACUCCAACAACGAUGCCGAUCUUGCCGAGGCUGACCAGAAGAAUGUCUCCUCUUCCAACGGCAACGGGGACCUCGAGUGCGAGAACAACGAGAAUCCCGAUGAGGAGGCUGACGCGGAUCCGGAUGGUCUUGCUGCUGGCGAUUCGGGAGAUGUGGAAAAGAACGAUAUCAGUCUAGACUAGCUACGAUAUACCCAACCCAACCCACACAUUCCUAAUCUCACUUAAAACAUAAGACACAACAUACGCAUCUUUGUAUGGGUAAAGUCCCUCGCUCACUCCCAUUCUUCAUCGCUAGAAA